GAGAGAAGAGAAGAAAGUGAAGCAGAGAGAAGGAAGGGGGAAGGAGGUGAGAAAAAGAUAAGUGAUGUCAGUCCGUCCCACUCCUAUCCAGUACAAAUGCAGCAGAACGGGGCUGAGCCUGCAUACCACUGCUGCUGACGAUCCCACACAAACACACACAAAGGGACUCUCUUACACACUCUCACAUCUCAUUCACUCAUCAUACCACACUCACAAAGGCUCUGAAUCUCAGACCAGUGCUGAGGGAUGCUACCGGCUGGCAAACACUGACAACCUUCAGAGCUCAGAGUUGAUGCACACACACUGUGCCUUCACCUCCUGCUGCACCGGGGAAGAACACUAGACAGAGGACACUACAGUGACGACCAGCAGUUAGACUGCACCUGAUCCCACAUCCUUCAAAGAAAAGGGAACCUGACUCUGGAGCAGGAAAAAGGAGCGAUCAUACCCCACCACUGAAACACGACCCACUGGACGGAGAGACAGAGGGGCUGACGGCCGUUUCUAUCACCCUGGGAAAAGAGACAGGAUGCUGGCAAAAAUCCUUGAGGAGAUGUGGGUGGAUCCUGAGGUGCUGGAGGCCCUCAGUGAGGAGCAGAAGAGGAUCCUCUUCUUGAAGAUGAGAGAGGAGCAGGUACGCCGCUGGAGAGAGCGGCAGGAAAGGGAGGAGAGGGAAGGAAGAGACGACAACAACACCCGGCCAAAGAAAGCCUUCAAUAAACAUGUGAGGUGGCUGCUCGGUAGGGACGGAGAUGUGAGCGUCAGUGUAAUCGGAGACGUGGACGAGUUCAGGUCCUCCAAGCUCCUGCAGAGUCUCAUGAACAACAGAGUCCACAGUGAUGAUAUGAAUGGCAUCCAGACAGCGGACUUGCUGCCAGGAAGAGAGGCCCAGCAGCUUGGCUUUAAAGAAGACGUCCAGCUGUCCUUCGCAGAUGUUGAUGAUGGCCCAGCUUCACCAAACAGACAGUUAUCUGAGGAGGACAUGGACUCUGGCAGCGCGGAUGACGACCCGAAGGACAGCGACAGUGAGUCAGGCAGCAGCUCGGACAACCACGGCGACUGGACUCUCCACAGGCCCCAUCUUAGUAGCAAUGGCAACCAGCCGCCACUCAAAGCCCAGCUGUCAGACACAGAGAGGGCCGGCCCACAGGACAGAGGGACUGUUUCCGAACAUGGAGGUCGCGUGGCGCAGCUCAGGAAGGCCUUCACUGACGAUCCCCGCAGCACACCAUCUGCCUACUCCAAACCUCCUUUACCUGCUAAACCUGUUCACCUACAGAAAAGAAGCACACCCUUAAUCCAUUAAGGCUGACGGUGUGUCCAGCCUGCUGCAAGACUAUACUUGACCCCAAAGAGGCAGAGCGUGCUGCACCGCGUGCAGACAAUAAUGGCUCAGCUAGACACUGUUGGUCCAGGCUGAGGCCACACACAUAUGAAGAAAAGGAUCCUUACUUGAAACCGAGCAGUGAACUGAGAUACACUUCGUCAGGCUUCCAUUCAAGGGCCGACCCAUAGGCAGAAAAAACAUCUGGGAGGGAGGUGGAGUGAGAGAAAGACUUGAAAGCUUUUGAACUGAAGUCAACCUGAAUGAUAAAACGGAGCGGCUUUGAUGUUGCUGAGUUCAAAUGCGCUCACAUACUUUCUGUGAUUGACUGGCAGACGCAGAGAGAGAUGUCCAGAGAGACACAGACGCACAGACUAUUGACUACAGGUGUAAAAAACCCCACUGCGGUUCACCUGUUAAAUCGGUGUUAAUGAAGUUUUAUUAUUCACAUGUCAUAAGCAGAGGUUAUUGGGAAGUGAAAGAUUUAUUUGAUAAAAAUUAUACUCGGGUCCCUUUGUACUCUUCAAAAGGUUUAAACUGUUUUAAAUGUAGUCCAUGUAACUUUGUCACUGUACUGUUUUAACACCACUGCCUUUCAUCUGCAUUGACAACCUCUUCAUUCAGCGUAUCAUCUAUAGUCACAAUGGUGCCGGGGGGUUUGGGGGGAUAAAAUAAAACGAUUGAAUUUGUGGUAAAUGAUAAACAGACUGUAUCUAUAGUGACUUUUAAAAGCAGCUGCAUCACCUGAGCUUACUGUUUACAUAUGUGUCUCUAGACCCUUGAGCCACACCUUUAAUAGUCUACUUUCUACAUAAGGAGUGCCUUUUUAUAUGUGAAUGAGUGAACAGGAUAGAAUGAUGUCACAACUACAACCAUGAUUUGCCAAGACUGUGGGGGAUCACAGAAUUGAACCCACAGUGCAGUAUCUGGACAGAGAAUAUCUGACUCAUAUCUUAACACUGACAGUGUUUACAUCCACAGGAACUGAGGAAUUGUAGCUUUUUUUAUUAUCUAUUAUAUUUAUUCUUUGGACCCAAAUAUCUAAACUACUUGUUCAUGUUACACUUUGGUGAUCCCUUGACUAUUGCUCUAGAGCCACCAUCUGGUCCAAUAUUUUGUUUUUUGACAAAGCACCUAAUGACAUUCCCACCGGCUUCAGUAACAUUUUUGUUUAGUGCUAAUGACCAAAUAUUAGCAUUCUAUCGCAUUAGCACUGGCAUUGUGACCAUGUUAGCAAUCUUAGCAUUUAGCUCAAAGCAUGGCUGUAGAUUCUCAGUCUUGAUAUACUAAGCGCUCUGAUUUUAGUGGACCAAAAGUAAUUUGACAGAUAAAUUUUAAUAAUAGUAAUUUUAUUUAAUUGGCCUUAAUAAAUAGCAGUUUAACAAAAAAAAAGCUCAUCACAAGGUCCACUUAGAUUGUUUUUCAGCCACAUCUCACAUCUGUUGUCAUCUCAACGAAGGAAUCUUCAUAGACAUCUGUUGUCAUGUGACUGAAAAUCCAUAUCUGAUAAGGUCACAUGAUAACAAGUAAACCAUCUUCUUGAGAACUGAUACCACAGUACGUGGCUGCAAGCUGUGGAAAUCAAGUGCACCUUGUGAUGAUAUUUUACGUUAAACAUCAAAUGUAAUUUUGGGCUGCAAAUCCUACGACCCAGUGACAUCAACACUUAACAGCUUCGCAUCUUGCUUGUUUUGGGACCUUUGUGCUUUCAGUUAGUGAAACAUCAGUUAAGUUCAGAUCAGUUGGACUGAGGUCAGACAGCGCGUGGUCAGGUGACAGACUUGGCUAGGCAAGAAAAUGACACUUUUUGGACCUUAUAAUCUGCUAUGUUUAGGAUGACGGCAUUAUCUUAAAAACUGAGGGCCUGUGUAUGAAAAGCGCUCCAUGGUGUUCAGCCAACAAGCAUUUGAACACCUUCACACACUCCUACAGCUUUGAGUCAGCACUUUAACCUUAUUGUUUCAUUUCGAUCCUGGUGUCCAAGAGUGCAGACCUAUUGUAAAAGAAUGAAAAAGGUGUCCCUGGACAAAUAUUCACAUACUGCACUGUAGCUCUAAAGGGACGUCAGAUGCAGGAAACUGUAGAAAAACAGCAGCUCGUUCUUGUAAGAACAUGUGUUGCCAUGAGAGAUUAACUGUACUUCAUUUUUAAGGUUGGAGUGUUUUGAGCUGUAGUUACUACCUAACUUUUAACUAUCACAUAUUCCCUGUACUUGGUCACUAAUUCCCUGCUAAAACUUCGCUUCUGCUGACACUUUGACUUAUUGUUUGUUUCAUCUUUCCUAUUUGUAUUGUGUAUUUGCCUAAAAUUUAUUUUCUUGGUGUGGAAAAAGCAAAAAUGAACGCAACUAAAACACUGA